GUCUUGACGGAUGGACUAACCCAAUUGGUCAAAGUAUUUAUUUCUAUUUAAUAAUGACAUCUAAUAAAAAAGAAUAUUUAUAUAGUCUUAAAAAUUAUUCAAGACAAUCUCAUACUAGAAAAUUUAUUGCUAUGAAAAUUCAAGAUAUUGUUGAAACAAUUAGUGUUGAAAAAUUUGGAGAAAUUGUAACCGAUGGUGCUAUGAAUAUGAAAUUGGCUAAAAGUCUUGUUAAUCAA